AUGGCAGGAAUUGGAGGCUCAAGCACACUUUUCGAGGACACAAUCAAAGUAACAAGCGUAGACAAAGAAGGGAAGAUGUUCCAAAGAGUCUCACGUAUUGAAGCCAGCACUGAAAUUUUAGAGAUACAAAUUGCCUUAGAUAUCCACAGUGAGCUUUACCCGAUGGAGCCGAAUCAAUACCACUCCAUCAUUUUGGCAUCUUCUCUAACUCUUGAUGGGACUGAAGAUGAUGGCUGCUAUAGAAUUCACGAAAACCAAGCAAACACACUUUUGUCGAAGUUUGACUACUGUAUGUAUGGAAAGAUCUUCAAGCACACUUUAGAAAGAGGAUUAUUGGUAGUCUAUAUCUCCUUUGGUGGGCUACUUAUGACGCUUUCGGGACAAUCAUCAGAUUUAGUGCAGUUGGAGCCUGAUUCAAAUGUAUACCUACUACUCAGAAAACUAUAUUAG